UCGCGGGAGACGCUGCUGGCUCGCUCGCUGUUGCUUUUCUUUUCUUUUUUAUUCUUCUUUUUCCUUUUUCUCUUCCUCCACCCACCCCGGGUUCGGAGCCGUUCCGGAUGCUGUCUAGGGCUGCCGGAUGUCUGAUCUCCGGAUAACCGAGGCGUUUCUGUACAUGGAUUAUCUGUGUUUCCGAGCCCUUUGCUGCAAGGGACCCCCACCUGCGCGGCCAGAGUACGACUUGGUUUGCAUAGGCCUCUCGGGCUCGGGCAAGACCAGUCUGCUGUUGAGGCUCUGCAGCGAGAGUCCGGAGAAUGUCGUGUCAACCACAGGUUUUAGUAUAAAGGCAGUACCAUUCCAGAAUGCCAUCUUGAAUGUAAAAGAACUUGGAGGUGCUGACAACAUCCGCAAAUACUGGAGCCGUUACUACCAAGGGUCUCAAGGGGUCAUAUUCGUGUUAGACAGCGCCUCCUCCGAGGGGGACCUCGAAACCGCCAGAAAUGAGCUGCACUCCGCCCUUCAGCACCCACAGCUCUGCACCCUACCCUUCCUGAUCCUGGCCAGUCAUCAAGACAAGCCUGCGGCCCGCUCAGUGCAAGAGAUCAAAAAAUAUUUUGAGCUCGAGCCACUUGCCCGUGGAAAGCGCUGGAUUCUACAGCCUUGCUCACUGGAUGACCCAGACGCCCUGAAAGACAGCUUCUCCCAGCUGAUAAGCGUGUUAGAAGAGAAAGACCACGAAGCUAUGAGGAUGUGAACUCUAGCCAAGACGUGCCCCCCCAAAAAAAGCCUUGAACCCAUCAUGUUAGUUUCUCAUAUUUCAAUUUCAUUUUGAUACAAGACUGUGGACGUCAGUGUGUCCUUUCCUCUGUUUCAGACCCUCAUCUCUCUGUGAAAGUGAAUGUUCUGUAAGUCAGGUGAAUCGUUGUUACCGUCCACAUCAAAUACACACUACUGAGAGAGAACGUAUUCGGUUGGCCACUAAUUCUCUUCACCGCACGUCUCUCCCUGCUCUCGUUCUGAGAAUCUCUUCUGUGCUUUGUGCUGCCACGGACGGGACUCAAAGCUCUGGGAAACAGGCUCCUGGUGAAGAAGUCUGGAAGACUUGCGUACCUUGACUCACCCCAUCUGAGCUUUGCAUUGGAGCGUUCCAAGAUUGGGACUCUACACAAUGUAUAGUUUUCAUGUUUUCUUGGGCAGGAGAAGUUCAGGGUUUUUUAAGUCUUAAUCUCUGUUUCUCAGUUGUUUUUUUUUUGUUUGUUUGUUUGUUUUUGUUGUUUUUAAAUAUAUUGAGGUUGUGGACUCUGAGUUUAAAAAAAAGAAGAAGAAGAAGAAGAAGAACACCAAAAACCAUCACUUAUCAUAAAGGAAGAUCCGGCCAUAGCAAAAUUAGCUCUGAAGAACCUGAGGACCAGCUAUCUAAUGACUCUUUGAUUUGAUCCAUAGCCCUGUCCCCCCACACACACACCCGACCCUAACACACACCCUCUCCUCUUUUAAGAGCAAAGACAUUGCUUUAGUUUUUGAGAGUUAGGGGAAUUUGAGACACAUGCAUGCACCGUUGAUUACAUUUGAUCAAGUCCUCAGAUAUUUUUUAAUGGAACCAUUAAUCUGCAUAAAACCAAGCUGCAACAUUAUGUAGGCUUUUUUUCCCCCUAAAAGUUAGAAAUGUCUCACGAAAAUAGAGAAAGUAACUUUCCUCUACUUUACGACAUGACAAGACCACCUUGGAAGUAUAGUUUACACAACUUAGGGUGUGAACCGGCAUGGAUUUGACAAAAAUCAAAGGAAUCCUCCAUAUGUAUUUGUAUGCUUUCGGGGAGUCACUGAAGCUUCCACCUAGGAGUUCAAGGCCUAUCAGUAUUUCUAUUAUAAUCCUCUAUUUUCAGGGGUUUCAGUGUGCCCUUAACAUAUGCUGGGGCUGCAGCAAAUAACUAAUUUAAGCGCCUAGUUUUAGUCUCUGGAACUAAUUUUUGCCAUGUAAUUUAAAUGAUAAAAUUGCAUAGACCAUGUACAGUUUUAUUAAAGUUUAGCCACCUGUAACCGUUUCAAAAAUCAGGAAUCUUCUAUGCAUAUUGAGAUUUAUAGAUGAACUAUUCUUUGGCACAUCUUGUAGACUUUUGACUACUUAUUUAAAAUACGAAGUGGCCAAAUGCUGGAAAACUGCUCCCUACACCUGAGCAAUAACCACAUGUUUGUCCUUAUGUGGUGUAGUCUGAUAGCCCCUGUCACAGACUCACACCAUCUUCUUAUGUGGUGUAGUCUGAUAGCCCCUGUCACAGACUCACACUGUCUUCUGGGGCGGAGUAAAGCUCUGUACCCGUCACACAAAUGCAGAAUUUAUGACUUUAUCUUGUAAGUGGAUUUUAAUGAACUCAUCCAACACUCCUUUAAGCUUAUUUUCAAUGACAAUGAUCAAAAAAGAAUCCAUAAGGAUUCCCAAUCAAUCUUGUCCACGGUAUCUUCGAAUAUUUUUAACACUGUGUAAAUGACCCGUGGACAGGCGCACCCAUCUUAUUCCAAUAACCAGUUCCCCAAUCCCUGUUUUUAUUUUGUUCUCCUGUGCUCAUCUUCCGUGUGUGUUUGUGGGGGGGGGGGGGCAGGGGAGAACACAAUGGAUUUCAGGCCUUGCUUUUCCCGCAAGUUCAUUAAAUGUAGAAUGUUGUCUUUUGAAGAUACUGUGGCUGAAUGCUCCCCGGCCAUCUGUUAAAUGACUUCCCGUGGUCUGCGUGUGUUCAUGUGCCAGAGACGGGCUUUCUCCGCGACUGUCUGCAGCCUCCCAGCCGUCAGAGCGAAAACAUGAUCAAUCAGGACUCAACAGCAGCUGUUUUUGACAAGUUUCUGUCUGACGCCUAAUGCUUUACAACUGUCAAUACGGCUCCGUCUUUGUCUAGCGGGUCAGAGCUGUCUUGCUGCAUCCUGUCCUUGUAACCCUAGAAUUUGCCAUGUUUUGGAAACCCAGGGCUGGGGGAGGGGCAGGGAGGGGCGGGCCAGGGGCUGUCUGUCCUGUUCCUACUUCUGUGCCCAGCGCCACAGGUUGUCUUAGCUCGCCUAUUCAGACACGUAGGAGAAUCAGUCCGUUGUGUAUUUCCUCACUUGGCGUCUUGUUAUAUUUAUGGAAGUUACUAGGGUUUUGUACCUUCUUAGCUAAAGCAGUUGUCUUUUUAUAAUGGCAAUUAAUUUAUAUAAAACUUUGUAUCAACUGUAGUUUUACAGCAUUGGUUCGUAAAUAACUACCACGUCAUCCUGCCUUUCUAUUAAGAUACACCGUGUCGCGUCUACUCCCUGAGGUCGACACUUUCCUGUGCACAUUUGCCAGGCAAGAAACGCCCAUCGUAUCAUCAUCCAUGAUUUAUAUAUGAUUCCCACUAUCUUCCAAUGAAAAAUAAACGCUGAGUAGAAGUGA